UCAAGAUGUCGUAGUCUGUUAGUUGUUUAUUCUAAAUAUAUAUUAAUGCAAUGUAAUAUAACUUAAAAAAAUAUUACAAAAAUUUAGACACCAUAUUUCAUCAAACUUCUCACAUAAUCAUUAUACAGGGUGAUAAAGUAAAUAAAGCAUGUAAACAUAAGUUAGUCAUUAUUACUGAUUAAUACAGUUACUUUUGAUACAUUACUUUAAUUUGAUGGUGUAUAAUCAAGAGUGUGCUUUUCAGUUGAAUCAAGCUAUUUAAUUUACUAAUAAUCCAUCGACUUAUUAAACUGGUAUUAUUUGUAGUUUUCCAAUGGACAAUGAAAGACGGGAGUCAUGGAGAUUGGCUUUAAACAUAAACAGUGAAGACGUAUUUAAAUAUUCACGUGUGUGUCACCUACAUUUUAACGAUGAUGCCUUUGAUUACGAAAAAUCUCCGUUUUCUCUAUCUCUGAAAAAGAAUGCCAUACCAUCUGAGCGAGUUGCUUUAGCGGAUAUUCAAUGUUCUGUACCUGAUAUAAGACAACCAUCCAUUAGUACUUGUUAUUAUGAAGAACGAAAUAGAGAACUACCAUCAACUGUACAAAAAACACCUCCGACUUCACCUACCAUAAAAAAUAAUUCAGUAAGUCCAACAACAUACUAAUACUGUAAUGUAAUCUCGUAAAAUAUUAUAUCUGAUUUACUAGCAUUGUUUUUGAAACCAAUAGUUUGUUCAACUUUUUCCGAUCCUUUACCUGUUCUCUUGUCAGUUCCUUGUUCUUAGUUCUUAUAUGUCAGCCCGGAGAGCAUCAAACCACUUCUUUCUCACUCUCUCUCUCUCUCUUCUCUUCUUCCCCCCUUUACCUGAUUUGAGAACUCUUUAUUUCCUUUGACAUUAGUAAAACAGGUCCCAAUCAUCGAACUCUCUGUGCCGUGAUUUUUUGGUAUCUUAUAUAUCCCCAUCAGCUCUGGUAUGGGCCAUUCCACGCCAUUAACAUACGCCUG